UAAAGAACCAACAGGCAAAUAACAUCAUCGGACAAUCUUUAACAAACAGCAACAACAAACAAACAAAAAAACAGAAAAAUGUCGGAAUAUCUCUCCGAAGAACUAGCCGUCGAGAUUCUCGCGAGGCUAACCAUAAAGGAUCUUGCUCGAUUCAGAUGCGUCUGCAAGACAUGGAGAAACAUUAUCAACAGCCGUGGCUUUACCGAAAGGCACCGUGACAUUUCUCCGGUGAAGUUUGUGUCGUUCUACGACAAGGGUUUCUACUUGCUUGACAUGGAAGACAAGCAUCCGGUUAUAGAAACACCUCGUAAGCUUGAUUUCCCUUUGGAUCAUCAGUCGAUGAUCGAUGAAUCCACAUCUGUGCUUCAUUGUGAUGGGACGUUAUGCGUGACCUUAAAUAAUCACACUUUAUUGGUUUGGAAUCCAUCUUCAAAGCGUUUCAAGAUCGUACCAAAUCCCGGUAUAUAUCGAGAUUCAAAUAUCCUUGGUCUCGGUUACGAUCCGGUUUCCAACGAUUACAAAAUCGUAACGUUUAUCGACCAGCUUGGUUCUUCCACGGCGCAUGUUUUCGAGUUCAGAACCGGUUCUUGGAGAGAGAGCGUACGGAUUCUUUAUCCUGAUUGGUAUUACAGAGAGAGAAUUGGUGCAUUCUUGGAUCAGUCCCUCUAUUGGAUUGCGUACCGGUCUAAUGUUGACCGGUUCAUCCUAUGCUUUAAUCUCUCGACCCAUGAAUACCGGAAAUUAUCUCUCCCGGUUUACAAUCAAGGUGUCACGUGUUCUUGGUUAGGCGUUACAAGUCAGAAACUUUGCAUUACAGAGUAUGUAUCAUGCGAACAGAAGAUUUGGAUUUCGGUUAUGGAGAAAACCAGGUCAUGGAACAAGAUUGCAAGCCUUUCAAUGUCGAAUUUGAUCUCUAUACAAGACCAUAUCUGCGAUUAUCAAGUAGAGUUCGUGUCGUUUACGAAAAAGAACGAUAUUGUCGUAACAUUCAGUGGGGACUGCGAUAAUGUCGAGAUGGAAGCUGAAAAACGUGUGAAGAUAAAGGUGUUCUUAUACAAAACCGGUGACAAUACAUUUCAACAAGUCCGGUUCUGUAACUCUUUAGCCGGGUUUAGGUUUCUCAGUGAAUAUGUGGAGUCUCCUGUGAUUACUGAUCACAUAUUUAUUUGAAACAAAGAAAAUUUAACUUUAGAUUUGUACUUAUUAUUUUGUUACAAAACUAAACUAGA